UCAAUUUAUUUUGCGAGCUUGGGAGUCAAAUGUUAUUUAAAUUAAUUAUAAUACGCAAAAUAAACAGUAAUUUUUAGUUGUAGUGUCAAUAGAGCCCUAAAUAUUUUUGUAGAUUAUUUAUUAGCCUUAUAUAACUAGGGUAAUUUAUUCUAAUAUUCUGUGAGUGCUGUCAGCUGCUCACAAUAACCUUUCGUCAUUGCGAACGAGUAAUUACGCCUAAUUAGUUGAUAAAAAGUAUAACAGCAACCGUGAACAGCAUGGCGAAGGAAGAAGACGAUGAUUUGCCCGACAAGGAUGCGGCGAAGGAGUUCUACGCAAAAUAUGAACCCAAGGAAAUCAUAGGCAGGGGCAUCAGCUCAACCGUCCGGAGAUGUGUAGAGAAGGAGACUGGGCGGGAGUAUGCCGCCAAGAUCAUAGAUCUCAGUCAGGAGUCCAUGGACGGAGUUGAUACGCACACCAUGAGAGAUGCCACCAAGCAGGAGAUACAGAUCCUGCGGAUGGUUGCCGGACACCCUUAUAUUAUUGAAUUGCAAGAUGUGUUUGAAUCGGAGACAUUCAUAUUCUUAGUAUUUGAACUGUGCAAGAAUGGGGAGCUGUUCGACUACCUCACUUCAGUGGUGACACUCUCUGAGAAGAAGACUAGAUAUAUCAUGAGACAAGUCCUAGAGGGCGUGCGGUACGUGCACAGCAAGAACAUAGUCCAUCGAGACCUGAAACCCGAAAACAUCUUACUAGAUGACCAGCUGAACGUCAAAAUCACGGAUUUCGGCUUCGCUAAGGUUCUUAAAGAGGGAGAGAAGUUGUUCGAGCUAUGCGGCACGCCGGGAUACCUGGCGCCGGAGACGCUGAAAGCGAACAUGUUCGAGGACGCGCCCGGCUACGGCAUGGAGGUAGACAUUUGGGCAUGCGGUGUUAUAAUGUUCACAUUACUAGUGGGCUGCCCGCCGUUCUGGCACCGGAAGCAGAUGGUGAUGCUGCGGAACAUCAUGGAGGGGAAGUACUCCUUCACGAGCCCCGAGUGGGCUGAUAUAUCAGAUGACCCUAAGGACCUAAUCAGGAGGCUAUUAGUAGUAGAGCCCAGCCAACGGCUGCCCAUCGAAGACGCCCUCAGCCACCCCUUCUUCAACACAGUGCUCUGGGACCAGGACAUGACGCCGCUCAAGAAGUCGCUCUCGAGCACCAGCCGUCGGAUGUCCAGGAUCGAACUCAUCACCAUGGCGAAAAAGCAGGGCAGCUUCAACGCGCGAGCCAAGCUACGUAUGGGUCUGAUGGCCGUCCGCGCAGCCAUACGCCUGAAAAGGCUGCCACACACCGCUGCCCGCGCUGUCUCGUUGCACGCGGCACUAGGAGACCCUUACACCAUGCGCGCGUUGAGGAAGGUGAUAGACGGCUGCGCCUUCCGAGUGUACGGCCAUUGGGUUAAGAAGGGCGAAGGCCAGAACCGAGCCGCGCUGUUCGAAAACAUGCCUAAAACCGAGCUCAAGAGUCUAUACGUCAGCAACCUCAGUCGAUAGCGAGAGCUGUAGCGCUGACAGGAUUUGUAAACAUACCAGGGUAAAAGGAUCAGUAUCUUCCCGCCGAUCCGCAGGCCGAGUCGCACGACGUAGUACACCGCAUAGUAGGUAUGCGGCCACACAGGAUAAACUACCCUAUCAUCGGCUCUACCUAUGAUUGGCCCCUUUCACCUUAUUUCAACCAGGCAUGGCUCACUCCGCGAUUUCGUCGCUUUGCUACAGGUAGCUAAAAGUAUAUCCGUUUCACACCAACUUUGGUGGCUAGCCAUAAGCCGCGCGUGGCGCUGUCGCCACCUAGGGGCCAUAUCUGUCCUGAUCGUAACAGACGCGUUUUGUUAGAGAGUGAGUCUUCUGUACCUACUGUACUAUUAUUUAUUCUGUGUUUCAACACGCGCACUGUGUUAUGAUGUUCAAUUAACUUCAUGAAUGGUUAAGUCAAGGCUUUCCAACAAAAAUAGAUUGCAAUUAAGGGUAAUUGCGCCAAUCAUCGGGUAGUUUACCCUACCCUAGUUAAAUUGUAAACGCUGUAUUAUUCAGAACUUGUUAAAUGUAGGAUUUUAAUUGAGAUUUGUUGAUCUUAUUCUCUUAGUUUUUGAUAGUAGCUCACAUUAUUUCAUUUGGAUGAUAUAACGCUCACCCAGUUUAAAUAUCUAAGAUAUACAAAGAAGUACGAAAACGCUUAAAGUAGUACAAAUUGUAGUCGCAGGUUUACAAAGUAGAUGGCGCUGUACAGCUCCGUACAGUCAGCAUCAAAUAGAUAGUCAGAGAGACAAUAGAUGAGCCAUUUUAUUUAAAGUUGUCCCCCACACAUGUUCAAAAUUGGGAUUUUUUAUGUUAUGUCUACUCAGAAUCAUGAGCUCUUUUGAUCCUAAUAGGAGAAAAAAAGUGUCCCAAGAUUACCAUACAUUUUUCGAUCUUUCCAUUCCGAAACCGCCAUACAGUCUAUGAAAAAAUGGUAACGGAAUGGGAAAAAAACCUUGGGACGCUUUUUUUCUCCUAUUAGGAUAGAAAGAGCUCGUGAUUCUGAGUAGAAAGAACAUAAAAAAUCCCAAUUUUGGAAAAAAAGUGUAGGGGACAACUUUAAAUAAAAAUAAAAUGGCCCAGAUAGAUUAGCCGUUUGGCCAAAUAUAUCGUAACCUUUGUUUACCAUAGAAAUAAGAAUAUACAGUCAAAAAUGCAGCUACAUUUUGCGCUACGCGUACUAGUAUUUCUUCGUGUAUGAUAGGGUGGUUCGAAAAACAUUUUUUUUUUAAUUUUCCGACGGGGAACCCCCUCAUUUUGUUACACUAAAAAUGCUGAGAGAAUACACCAAGUUUUGUAACUUUAUCUCAUCUAGAAGGGUGCUCAACCACUUUGAAAUUUUGUAUGUUGUAUGAAGCAAUAAAAAAGUAUUUAUUAUUCAGAAUUUUAUUUAAGUAUCUGUUUUCACACUAUUUGCACAUGUGAUUCAUAAGUUUUGAAGCAGAAAAACAUUUUUAUUUCAAUUUUUUAUAUAUUUUUUUUAAAUUAAGAUGUGUUGAACCUAAAAACAAUCAUAAAAAAUAUAAUUUAUUUUUAUUAUUUUUUCAUAUCUAGGUAACUUCGAAAAAAUUCAAAAUGUUUGAGCACCCCCUUGUAGUUGAGGUAAGAUUACAAAACUGCGUAUUUUGUCAAAUUAAUAAGUGUAACAAAAUGAGGGGGUGCCGCUUCUUCUGGCUAGAGUUUGAAUUUUUCCCAUACAUACGUGAACCACCCUAGUGUAUGAUCUAAGAAUUCGAAGAUGAUCAAAGAUUUUAAAUAGUUUAGAACGUAGGUUAACGUUGUUUCUCACUAUAUAUAAGGUCCACAAAUACAUGUACCUACCUAGAAAUAAUUUAGUAUUAUCGUCUAAUCAUUUCCUUUUGAUUAGUUUUAAGUUUAUUUAAUGUUUGUGUGUAAUUUUGUAAUUGUUGUAGAUAGUUAGUUCUUGCCAUUGGCACUGCGUUAUAUAAUUCUAAAUUAGGUAUCUGAGAUUACCUAAAUAUAAUUUUUGCGUGCAAAAAAGACUAUGGCAAUACGCCAGUCACGAUUUUAAAAUACUAUUAUGUAAUAUUUGGCAACUAUGUAAUUCACUGAUUUAAACUUUCACUAUUUUUACUCACUAGUUUUCACAACGACGGGACUUAAUCGCGUAAAAUUAAGUUUUAAAUUUACCUCCUACGUUUCGAGGACGCCACUUAACCAUUGCGGGUUCGAAAAACUCGCUUGCCUAGAUGUUGAACUUUAGCCAGUCUUCUCCACCACGGGGACAACGCCGUCCUCGAAACGUCGGAGGUAAAUUUAAAACCAUGUAAUUUUACUAACAGUCGCAGUCUUUUCUGAUCAUUGGUGGGUCUUAAUGUCUUUGAAAUAAGAUUCACUAAUUGUCAGUCUAGAAGGGAUGGUACAGUCAGUAUCAAAUUGAUAUUGACGAUCAAUGUAGCCAAAUAUAUCGCAACACAAUAGUGCGCAUACAUUUCAACGUGACGAGAAAAAGAGUUUAAUUCUGGUGCCUUUAUGUAGAUAAACCUACCUUUUAUCUACUGGUGCAUCAAAACUUAAAAAAAACCGGCCAAGUGCGAGUCAGACUCGCGUUACAAGGGUUCCGUACAUUAAAUAAAUAAAUAAAUAAAAAAGCCUUUUAUUCCAACUCAUUACUAACUAAAGUUUUCAAACUAAGGUUACAUAUAACUUAUUUUUAAUAUUUACAUAAUACAAUUUAUAUCUAUACUUUUUAUUUGAAUGAGCGGACCUCCUCGUGAGUAAAGGCCUCUCCCAGUUUGCGCCAGCUCUCUCUGUCUUGAGCCUUGGUGUGUUUAAUUCUGGUGCCUUUAUGUAGAUAAACCUACCUUUUAUCUACUGGUGCAUCAAAACUUAAAAAAAACCGGCCAAGUGCGAGUCAGACUCGCGUUACAAGGGUUCCGUACAUUACCUAAUUUAAAAAAAAAUAUUUUUUGUGUGAAACGUGAAAGAAAUAUCUUUAAAAACCUCGUUGGGGUCGGAUCAAAAACUAAGUAAUUAACUCCAACUCACCCUUGCACAUUUAAUAGGUUUUUCUAGCAUCUAUAGGUAAAUAACUAUUUCGUGUAUGUUUUUUCGAAAUUUUAAACCCAGUGGUUUCGGAGAUAAAGAGGGGGAAUGGUCGGAUAGACAGACAAACAAACGCACGAGUGAUCAUAUAAGGGGUCCGUUAUUCCUAUUAAGGUACGGAACCCUAAAAACUACAUUAUCAAUAUAAUGAUAACUAUGAUUAUGAUUUGUAUUUUAUACUUAUACAUAGAAAACAUCCUCAACUCUUGGACAAAUGUUUGUGAUAUAAUUAAUAUAUGUAAUUAUGUACCUACACACAAAUAAAAUAUCCGUACCGGUAUUUGAACCCGGUACCUCCCGCUUUGUUUUGUAUAUUUUGAUAUUUUCUCUAAUGUACGUUGGAUUAUAUGAUUAUAUCAGUUUUCAUAAAAUAUCAAAACACAAGAUUAGUAAAAUUACUACCCAAUUGUGAAGUUAUGUGAUAUUGAUAUAUCGAUUUUUAAAUGUUAAUCUUUAUUGAAUUUUUUACGACACUUCGUCGUAAUAAACAUAAUUAUGUAUGUAUUUAUUUAUUAUACAUAUACUUUGGAAAUGUAUAAUAUUUUAAUGGUGCAAGUGUCUUGUACAGUCACCUGCAAUAAUAUGUUACACUUCAAAGGCCGCAAAAAUAUGUGACACUCUUUUAUGGCGCUACAAAUAAGAUAGUGUCAGAUAUUUUUGCGGCCUUCGUUGUGUAACAUACUAUUGCAGGUGACUGUACAGUAUCAAUGUAUUGUAAGUAACAGCAAUAUUUCCAUGUAUAAUACAAAAAAAUAUAACAAAAGACAUAUGUUUUGUAUUUAUUACUUUUCAUCACACUUGCUCGAAAAUGAUCUUAUUUCAUGCAGGUGUACUAAACUAUAGGAUAAAAGCCUAUAUUAUUCCCGCGGUAGCUAUCGAUUGCGAUAAAAGCUAUAAGGGGCUAUUCAUAAAUUAUGUCAUUUCAAAUUAGGGGGGGGGUCUGGACAUCGGAUGACGGUAGCAUGAAGUAGGAGGAAAUGGGGUCAUUUAAAGCAUGAUUUUUGGAUGAUUAUAGGGGGGGGGGUCAAAAAUCGAUGACGUAAUUUAUGGACAGCCCCUAACUCCUUUGGGAGCUAUAGCUUUUUCGCGAUUUCGGGCUUGGUCCCAUGGUAAAAGUUGCUCAGUAUAAUCCCAAAACCUCCCUGGCAACGGGAAUGCACUUAUUUUUUGGCUACCGUGUAUAUGGAAAUACACCAUAGGUACCAUCACGCUCCGCAAUUGUUGCGGCAUUUAGGGUCCUAGCUAAAUAUACACUUUCCAAUUAAGUAAGAACCCUAAAUGGCAUAACAAUCCCGUGUGGUGACUGUACUUGAUAGCACACAAGCACAUACCACAAAUACUAAGUAUAUUCUUGGGACUGUGAAAACUGUAGUAAUACAAGUUUUUUGGAAACUCCAAUGUUAUGGCUCCUCUACACGAUGGGCCAACGCCGGCCACUCCAAGGGACGCAUUUAUGCGUUAGAGGGAGCAAGUGAUAUUGCUAUCUCAUUCUACCGCAUGGCUGCGUCCCUUGGAGUGGCCGGCGUUGGCCCAUCAUGUAAAGGAGCCGUUAUAGUAUAAUUUAGUGUUAUCUAUGUAAGUACACGAUGGAACUGUGAUCCUACGAGCGACGUAGGCAAUAAGAGUAAGCAAUAUAAUAUUUACCUGCCAUGUCACAGAUGCUUCUAAAUUAAUAAAUUAUCUACUAUAUUUAA